AUGGCGAAUGUUACCAUUUUGAUUUAUGUCGUCAGCAGAGUUUUGAAAUUUGAAGUGAUCCCAAUCGGUGGAUGUCCUUGUGUGUGUCUCACCGCCGUCUGUCCCACCGCUGCCUGUCCUACUGCUGCCUGUCCCACCGCUGCCUGUCCCACCGCCGCCUGUCUCACCGCCGCCUGUCUCACCGCCGCCUGUCUCACCGCCGCCUGUCUCACCGCCGCCUGUCUCACCGCCGCCUGUCUCACCGCCGCCUGUCUCACCGCCGCCUGUCUCACCGCCGCCUGUCUCACCGCCGCCUGUCUCACCGCCGCCUGUCUCACCGCCGCCUGUCUCACCGCCGCCUGUCCCACCGCCGCCUGUCCCACCGCCGCCUGUCCUGUUGGGCUGUGA